CCAACAUCAACAUCCACGCACAACAUCCGAACAGUGCCAUCAAUCUUUCACGACCUGAACGAUCUCCCAAAAUCAAGAUGCCUCCGACUUAUACGACACCGUCGGGCGAGUUACACCUUUCAGAAAAAGCAUUUAAUCGUCUUUGCUUAAGAUGCGACAGCAUGUUCAAGAGCAUCGCGCUUGCAUAUCAACGUGCCAACAUCGCUCGUGGCGAUGACCUUCGGGUGGUAGACACAGAUAAUGUGCCCUUUGGCACCUUGGGAGAACUAUUGAACUCGGCGUCGAAGGGUGAAUGCCAUUCUUGUUGUUCUUGGGUUGCUCAAGUUUUAGUGUCCGAAAGCGCCCACCUUAUCACAGGCCACGACAUGAAGCCCAAUGAGCAAGUUCACCCGUCUCUACAACCUGUCGUGUCGCAAGGGGUGUUAUUGGGGACAGAGAUAGAACCCGCUAUUGACACACUAGUUACCUCUACCGGACGCGAGAAAGCCUUAUGUUUUUCAGCGAGUGUUUCGGUCCACUCCAAACCUGUUUACGAUAGCAUUCGUUUACGUCUCGAUGUUGUGGGCGAAGAUGGUAAGCCCACCGAGCUUACCAAUUGCGAACGAUGUGAAUUACUUCCCCAUCGGGAAGAGCAUGAUCAUCUGUUUGCGGAAGUCCCAAAAAGUCUACACACGGGGAGCGAAGCAAGUUUGGAUCAAGCGUUCCGGUGGCUUGAGAACUGUGUGUCCAGCCAUCCAUCAUGCAAUAGAGUUAGCGGUAUCCACGAGAACUCACAAGGCAAAUAUCCCGCCCGAUUCCUGGAUGUAGGAUGUAUGGGCAGCCGUACGGUUAAGCUUACCGAAACUACCGGAAUGGACUUUCAGAAGCAAAGAUACAUGACACUAAGUCAUUGCUGGGGCGAUUCAGUACCAGCACGUCUUCUCCUAAACAACUAUGCCUCCCGGUUGAAGGGGUUCGCGCUCGACGAGUUACCAAGGACUUUCCAGGAUGCAAUUCUGCUAACUCAAAGACUAAACGUACAAUUCUUGUGGAUCGAUUCCCUGUGUAUCAUUCAAGACUCGCCUGACGAUUGGGUAGCAGAAUCCGCCAAGAUGCAUUUUGUUUACCAGAACACGCACCUCAAUCUAGCCGCCGCUGUAUCGCCAAACUCCAGCGGAGGCUUCUUUUUUCCAAGGCAUCCUCUGUCAUUCGUGCCUUGGCUCAUGAGGCUAGAUACGUACAGCACACUAGCACUACACUAUGAAUUGAGAGGUCCUUCUAUACUAUACAGAAGAGGCUGGGUUCUCCAGGAGCAAAUCUUACCGCGGCGUACCCUUAUUUUUGGACGCCAGGAGCUUUACUGGGAAUGCUCCAUGAGCAAAGCAAGCGAAUUCUUUCCAGGGGCAGGUUCAGUCACAUGGGCGCUUUCAGGGACUAUAGAUAUGCAGUCAACUUCAGUCCCACCGGCGCUUUCAGGGUAUUUAGGGAAUGGGGUGUUUACAUCUUCUCGGAUGAAGUUGUUUCAACGCGAGCGGCUUCUUGACGCCGAACGACUGGAGGCCUGGGCAUCGUUGGUCGCUGAAUACUCCGGUAGGAAUCUUACUAAACAGUCAGAUAAACUUGUGGCCAUUUCGGGUCUCGCAGAGCAUUUGAGCAAUGGAUGGGAUGGCGUUACCUACCUUGCCGGUCUAUGGUCCUGCAACCUUCGAGAGAACCUUCUCUGGAGAUGCGUGGACAUUGAACAAAGCAAAGGACGAAAUACUGGUAUAGCUCCUUCCUGGUCUUGGGCUUCAUUAAGCGCCCAAUGCGAAUUUAGUGUACUUUAUCAAGAUGAACGCCCGGCUGUGGACAGCCUUGCUGAGAUCUUGGAGGCUAUGGUCUCUCCAGUCACGCCAACAAACUUGUUUGGCCAGGUACGAAGUGGCGGAAGGGUCAGGAUUAGAGGCCCAUUGCUACAUGUACGAGCUAGUCGUCUUGCGACAAGCACGGCUUUGGACUUGGAACCAAAGUGGAGGUGCGAUUUGGGUGAAGACAGGGAUGGUAUGGAGGCUUCACCACCAGAUCUGGAGCUAUUUUGGGAUGAAGAAGAAUACCAUGGCUUAGCGAUCAUUUACCUUGCACCUCUCCAAGUUUCUUACAUAGAUCCCUACUCUUUCGGCCUCGAGUCACCUGUACCCUACAUUUUGGACCUCCAGGGACUAUUUCUAAGACCCGCGCUGACAUCAUCGGGACGGAAAGGAACAUUCGAAAGAUUGGGAGUGUUCGAAAUGUCUCAAGAGCUUUAUCCCCCAAACCAGCACCUCUCUAGUAUCGACAGUGCCGAGUAUGAGGAACUGAUGUUGGAAAGUAUUCAUUCCCACUUCCUUUUUCCUCGGCUGCCUGAUGAAUUUGAGAAAGAGAAGAUAGGCUUACUGAGAUCUGAUCCGUAUCUGAACGGCCCAUUGAAUACCAAGCUGAAACACCGUUACUCUCCUGAGCUUGAGCCUGAGCAGUACCCCGAACUUGCAAAGUUCCUUGACUGCUUGGAAACAGCAGCACAAUACAAUCGGGAGACCGACAGCCCGGACGAGAACUUGGGACAAGAUGAAGGCAAUGGGUUCUAUAUAUACGAGCUUGUGUAA